AUGUGCCAAACAACGUCGAAAACGGAAAUUGAUUUAAGGGAGAUUGGGAGAAAAUUGCGUGUUGAGCAGAAGUGUAGAUGGCUUGCUGAUGCUGUGUCACAAAAUAUAGACGGAGGAAGUACCGAGAUGGGCGAUGGAAAGUGUUCUGAUUUGCGGAGAAAAGCGGAUGAAGGAUUAGCCGUGUUCAGUACAGGCGAAGGGAGUAUGUUGAUGCGGAUGGCGUUGGAACGGGUUAAAAGGAAGGAGGCGGAUGGAUUCUGGACAAGCUUUCAACUUUUCCUUUAUAAUACUAGCCACCCAAUUCCUAGUUGCUUGAUGCCAUGUUGUACCAGCAGCCCCUUCACAAGUAUCGACGAGCGUAAGUGUGCCGUACCGAAACAAUCGAUUGGAGGUAUUGCGAGAACUGGGUAUGAAGAUGAAGAUAAGGGAGUAUGGGUUGUUAUGAAAGUUAUUUGGAGUUUUGUUGUUGUGAACGUGGGGUGGGUUUUGGGGCAGAAGCGUUAA